AUGAAUUUCGGCGGAGGCGGAGUCCAGCCUCAGCUGGAUGUUCCGUACCAAAAAGUCGCAGACUGGCUUCUUUGUCGGCGUCAGAUUGCAGACAACUGGGCUCAACUGCUGAAAGCUGCGCACGCACACGUAGCAGAGGCGGUGACGCAGGGUGUCGGAGACGAGAAGGCGGCUCAGGAGUUUCUGAAGAAAAAUAGAGACGAACUCCACUACUUGAAAAUAAAGGAACUCGUAUCAAUACUUUCCCAGUCCUCGUCAGCUUCAGUGUCACUUCUCAGCCUCUCUUUCGGGUCCUCUCCGUUUCGGCGAUGGCGGGCUCUGCAGCGUGCCAUGGAAAAAGGCAACUUACACAUUCUUGACAUGAGCAGAUGGCUUAGCCGGCAUCUGAACGACAAUAUCCCUGUCCUCCAGCGGUCCAUCCAGACGAAGCAGAAGCAAAUUGCCGACGGAGGCAAGCGGAAGCAGGAGCUGCAGCGAGCAGCCCAAGAGGCGGAGUGUACGUACACCACGCUGUGCGAGAAGUACGGGAUUCGCUCUGCCGCCGAGUCAGGGGCGCCGGAGCCAGGUCGUCUCGCAGACGUUUUGGAGCAGCAAGUCCUUGUUCACGUCUGCAAACUGUUGCCGGAGCGACUGAAUGAAGCAGAGAAACUACUUCGCGCAGAGGGCCCCGCAAUCGUCGAGGUGUACAGACGCUUCCGGGCGUACCAGCGAGGCGAGGAGAGCGGGCCGCACGCGAGCAGCUCCACGCCUUCGGCUUUGGAGGCAGAUGACGAUUCGUGCCUUCCAAUGCUGCGUUUCGUCACGGUCCACGGCAACGCGCCAGCGACUCUGGCACUGAAGCUCGUCGAUGCAGAGGAUGCAGACAAGCGAGAGAGAACGCGAGAGGGGGAAACAACUGUGCAAAGCGCCGCGGGAGAGGACCAGAAACGCACCCCCGAAGGUGCGGGUCUCAUUGAAAUUGAGGCAGAAGGCGAAGAGGGACACGCAGCUGAAGGAACCGGCGCGAGUUCGGCGGGGGAGUCCCAGAUCGAGGCCAUCACAGUGGAUGGAGACGGCCACCUCGCCGGGGGCGCAGGGAGCGCCAGUCUGUUCGAAUCGCGCAUAUGCCGGCGAGCGCUCCUCGACGACGUGAACGAGCUCCACGCCUUUCUGUUCCAGCGCCUGGAGGAGUGCGGCGAUGACGGGAGCGGCCGAGGCAAAAAGGGAGGCGGAAAGAAGUCAGGCGGGCCAGGUGCCGGCGUGGCGCACCUCACAAGCUUGCCAGAGAAACUCGUCAUUCCUGCCGGCCAGCUGGAGGCGUGGCUGAAAACGUGUAUGGCUGUGGAAGAUCUCCUCGGCGGUCGGGAGACUUUAGAUCUGCUUCAGCUGAAGCAGAGUGAAACGCAGAUGAGCAAAAUCGUUUCCCAAUUCGCCUUGACGCGGCGCAACGUGCGGAAGUCUCUCAAUGCGGCAGGGCAGUUGGAAAGACGGAUGGCAGACCUGCAAGACGAGAUCAAAGACGAGCAAAGCAAGUUGAAUGCGCUGAAGGCAGAGGCUCGAGAGCUCCGGACGGCCCUCGAGGCAGCCUUGGGCGCCGUCGUGAAGGGCGCAAAAGUGACUCUCGUGGGCAUCCAGCCGGACAAACUCGCGUAG